GAGGACAGCAGAAGCAUCGGACAGCUCUGAGGCGGCGAGGAGAAAAGCAGAACCAAGACUAACCUGUUACAACUAAAGGGAAAGCUUUGGCAAACAUCACACCUUUGUCCAAGGCAAAGUCUUCUGACCUGCGAGAGCCCCACCAUUAAACAAACGGGCAAGAUAUGUUACUCCCUUCCUGACCUGUAGGGGGCAGCAGAGUGCGUCUCCAGUCUUCUGUGAAAGAAAGAAGAAGUAGAAAGUGCCUAGGAGCGGGCGUUCGACUCGUUUGCGUGUUUGUACGGUCCUAUCCUUCCUUUUCCUGCAUCCAUGCAGACCGCAGGCGGCGGUACUCGUCCUCUCUUCGGGGGGUCCAUGUCCGCUGUCUUCCCCUCAAACGCCACGGAUGUCAGCGUCUUUAGAGACAUUCCGGACAACCAGGAGGUGUUCGCGCAUGCUCACACGGACCAGAGCCUGAUCGUGGAGCUGGUGGAGUACCAGGCCGACGUGGCCGAUCCGGACGCUGCCAGGUUCCACCUGGAGGACAUCGCAGGCAGCAACGGGGCUGUGGGCGCUUCCGAGGUGACCGGCGUGCUGGAGCUGCCCAGAGCGGAGCUGUCUCUGGUGGAGUGCAGCUCCGCGUGGAAGGCAACGGGCGCGCAGCGCGUCGCCAAGUUCAACGAGGAGACCCGGAACGCGGUGACCGUACACCUGGGCGUGUUCCGUCUGCCGCAGUUCUCCACGGACGUCCUGAUAACCUUCAACGACCCUCAGAGCAUCAGCCCCGGCAGCAGCAGCGCAGCCUUGGCGGAGGCGCACCGAGAGCCGUGGACGCUGCAGGACUUCCAGCGCCUCCUGCAGACCGUCACUCUGAACGACCCCGGCCUGUUUGGCUAGAAUCUGCUGGGCUUUUGGACAAUCUGAUGGAUUUUGCGUGACAAUAAAAGCUGAACCUGUUGUCAGAGAAUGAAUUUCAGCUGAUGCUGGAAGGCUUGUUGAAUACUGAUGUGUGAUGCUGAGAGUCCUUUCAAAAACAGACCCGUAGAAACUAAGUGCGUGACUGCAGCUGAAUCUGUGCUGUGUUCAGAAACAUGACAGUGACACUAACUUAGUGUCCCUGCUCUGUUUUUACGGUCCUGGGCAGAGAUGGCGCCUGAGACUGAACUGUCACUUGAGCUGGUUGCCAUGGCGAUGGCAGCAAAGUGGUGGUAGACCCUCCUGCACACCUUUCCUUUUCUUGACCAUUUCAGACUGUUGCUUUCCGUUUCAGUGUCUGGAAUUUAACUUGAAAAGAGGGAAUAAGUUAUAGUUACAUUGCCCAAAGAGUAAUAGUAACCCCAUUAACGCAUCCUAAAAGUAAUUACUCAAAGUAAUUUCAGUGAUACAUUUUGUUAAAAUACAGCAAUACAUUGUAUGUUUUUUUUCAGCUGUCCAUAAACAUAAAAAAUAACUUUAGUGCAAUGAUCCAAUGAAAAUGACACUUCCAGUAUUCUGGUCUAAUUCUACCAAUUAAAUUAUGUUUAAUUAUAAUAGGAUUGAAAUAUUUAUCAGAAUUAUCUCACAAAACAGCAAAAAGCACCAUAGGGGGGGGGGGGGGCACCAUCCUUCCACUUAAGAAGAAUAAGGCGUCUGGCUAAGAAGGUUGAGAAGGUGAUCCUGCAGGCAAUGUUGGCGCCACGCCGUUUAUUCAAAACAACAAUCCAAGUGGGUUUACGGUUCAUUUGACUCCUAAGAUGCAGCUAAGUGCCUCACAGAUAUCUCCCCCAAAGCACUGUAGUUUAGGACAGAACCAAAAAGUGUGAAUUCAUGUGGCUUCUGAUGACUUGCAGCUGCUGCACAGUGGAUCAGUUUGUGGAUACAUUGGAGUCAAUCUGGCUUUACAGAGGUGGGAGGGAUGCCCAACCUUAAAUUGUAGUGGACAAUGUUUUGCACACUGAGGAUGAGUUAAUGUUCCUAAAAAUAUUGUCCCAGUCUGUUCCACUAAUAGUUUCACUAAGAUCCUGUAGAGCAGCGUUUCUUAACCCUGGUCAUCUGGAACACUGUCCUUCGUGUUUUCCAUGUUGUCCUGCUUAUACAUCGUCAUUGAAGGCAGGUUGGAUUGAAGACAUGUAGGACAGUGUUUUCAGAGGACCAGGGUUGCUAUAGAGAAAGAAGCAGCUGUUACUCAGUCAUUUUAUUGGUCAGAAUAAUCGUACUUGACCUUUUUAGAAACAACUGUGUGUUUGUUCAUCUGCUUCUCAUCCCCAGCUAGGAUGAGGGGGUUUUAUGACACGCUGUCCUAAGCUGAUAAAGAAUGCUGUUUGAACUGAGAAUCCACCCAAAUGGUUCAUUAUACGACACCCCCAGAUGAACUUUUCUCUUUGUUUGGAAAUUGUCACCUCCUACUUGUGUUCUUAAUAAAGCAGCACUGGGAGAAGCAGUCCUUUGAGAGGAGAAGGGUGGUGGACAUCUUCCGUCACACUUGCUUU